GAAGCCCUGCCUAGGUCUUUGUGUGCCUUUGCCUAGGAUUCAAUGGUGAAUUGUAAACAAGAGCUAGGGUUUGGGUCUGGUGCUGUAGCCAGCUGGUCCAGAAUGGGUGCAGUUUGGGCAGUAGGAAUUUGCACAGCCCACCCCUGGGGGACUAUGAUAUUUACAAAGGAAAAACAAAACAAAAUAAAAAACCAACACCUUGAAAACCAUUGAGCGCAGUGAACUCCAUGCUCCGAAAAGCAUUCUGAGCAUAUGGGAACUUGUAAGUGCCCACAGAACUGCUGCCGGCUGUCUGCACAUCGUCUGGGGUGCACUCCAUCCAGAUGGGGAGCCCUUAGUCCAGACAGAACAGGACCCCAGGCCCGCACCUUUGCAAGCCAGAAAAGGUGGAGGUGGAGGAUAGGCUCCCCUGGGACAGGGAGGAGUGUGCUGCCUUUAGAAGAAGCUGUGGGGCGGGGAAGGCUGGGACCAAGCGAGUCUGAGCUUCAUCCCUGCUGGUGUGCUCACCAAGCCCAGCUGCUUAGGAAUGCCUGCUGCGCUGAUUGAGAAGAGAGUCAAACCUCUGCCUCUGCUGCUGGCGUAGACCUGGCCAUGCCAGCAGAUCCCAUCACCCCCAUGCCCACACCUCGUGACCUGAAAGGACACAGCUCUCACUUCUUGGUGCAUUUUAAAGUCCCGGGCUAGUUAGUGUGUAUGGUUCGGCACCCUCAUGGAUGGCACUCUGUUGUCCCAACUUGGCACCUGGCUUUGUGGCCACCCUCAGUAGCUCAGAACACACUACUUUCCAGGUCCACGUGUUCCAUUGUGCAACUUCUGGGAAGGUUUUGACCAUAGUCUGACCCUGAGCUCAGAAAAGCAGCGGAAUUCCACCUUCUGCACACCUGGAGGUAGUUUAGCUGCCCCGGUCCCCCGGGAGAAGAUUGAGCUUCCAGUCCUCUCCAGGCUUCUGCUUAAACUCUGGGCACAUCCCCACUGCUGUCUGAGAGGGUGGUGGCAGGCUUCUCUCAGCGCUCCUGCUCCAGAUGCUGUUCCCAGUACACUUCUGGCAAUAACACCACACUGUGUUUCCAGGGCGCUUCCUUUGACACAGACCUCCCCCCCCCCACUUGGGCGGUCAGCUGACAACCCGAGCAAGCCUCCUCCUCGGAGCUGCUCACCACUCCGGCCUGUCGGGCUAUUUAGGGACCUUUUCCUGACAGCCACAUAGCAUUCACGCAUUUGAUACUUAUCCCAUUUAUGUCUCUGCUGAAGUCAGUGUAAAAUAAAUCCCAGCUGUACCUGUAGGCCUCCCACCAGCACUGACCCACACAAGGGCAGGUCCUGUGGAGGAGGCUCUUAACGGCACAGUGCCACCUCAGCGCCUGCAGGUUCACCUCUCCUGGCAGGAUCCUCCAUCUGUCCGGGGCGCCUACCAAAUGGAGCUCUCCGCUUGGAGCUCCCAUCGUGGUCCUGUGAGCAGCGCCAGCUGCUCAGCUGCUUAUGCGCUCUCCGGCGCCUCAGCUCCUCGGCCGGGCUUGUGGCUUGGAGCUCCACAGCAGACUCCCCGAAGACAGGAGCUCCUCCCAGGCUCCCCCGGCACAGAGGGAAGACGAGGGCGUGCAGAUUAUAGUGUUCCCAGAAGAUGGCAUCCAUGGGUUCAACUUUACAAGAACAUCCAUUUACCCAUUUCUGGACUUCAUGCCAUCACCCAGGCUGGUCAGGUGGAACCCAUGUCUGGAGCCCUUUCGGUUCAAUGACACCGAGGUCCUCCAGCGCCUGAGCUGUAUGGCCAUCAAGGGACAGAUGUUCUUGGUGGCCAAUCUGGGCACAAAACAACCUUGCCUUCACAGUGACCCCGGGUGCCCACCUGAUGGGAGAUACCAGUUUAAUACAAAUGUGGUGUUCAGCACCAACGGGACCCUUGUUGACCGCUACCGUAAACACAACCUGUACUUUGAGGCAGCCUUUGAUACCCCUGCCGAGGUGGACCUCAUCACCUUCGACACGCCCUUUGCUGGCAGGUUCGGCGUGUUCACUUGCUUUGACAUCCUGUUCUUUGACCCCACCAUCCAGCUCCUCAGAGACGCUGAGGUGAAGCACAUUGUGUACCCCACAGCCUGGAUGAACCAGCUGCCACUCUUGGCAGCCAUUGAGAUUCAGAAGGCAUUCGCCACAGCCUUUGGUGUCAGUGUCCUGGCAGCUAACAUCCACCAUCCGACUCUGGGGAUGACUGGCAGUGGCAUUCACACCCCUCUGAAGUCCUUUUGGUACCAUGACAUGGACCACCCCAAAGGCCACCUUAUAAUUGCCCAGGUAGCCACAAACCCGCUGGGCCUUGUUGGGACAGAGAAUACAACUAGUGAAAUGGACGCAUCCCAUAGUAAGUUCUUAAAAAUCCUGUCCGGCGACCCAUACUGUGAGAAGGAUGCCCAGGAAGUACACUGUGAUGAGGCUGCCAAGUGGAACAUGAACGCACCACCUACUUUCCACUCGGAGAUGAUGUAUGACAAUUUCACCCUGGUCCCUGUCUGGGGAAAGGAAGGCUACCUCCAGGUCUGCUCUAACAGUCUCUGCUGUCACUUACUCUACGAGAGGCCCGCCCUGUCCAAUGAGCUGUAUGCCCUGGGCGUCUUCGAUGGACUCCACACAGUGCAUGGCAGUUACUACAUUCAAGUCUGUGCCCUGGUCAAGUGUGGAGGUCUCGGCUUUGACACUUGCGGGCAGGAGAUCACAGAGGCCCAGGGCCUAUUUGACUUUCACCUGUGGGGGAACUUCAGUACUUCCUAUAUCUUUCCUUUAUUCCUCACCUCAGGGAUGACUCUGGAUACCCCUAACCAGCUCGGGUGGGAAAAUGACCACUAUUUCUUGAGGAAGAGUGGACUGUCCUCUGGCCUGGUGACAGCCGCUCUCUAUGGGCGGCUGUAUGAGAGGGACUAGGUGGUGUGUGGUCGCUGGGAUGGGCUCCGCCAGCGCGCCUUUCCACAGGCCACAGACCCCACGUGCUGGGACCAUCUCUGCCCAGAGGGUGGGAAGCCACUUCCGUGGCACUGGAUCCCACCCUGGGAACUGUAAGGAGAUGGGAGAGGCAGUUCCUUCUUCCUUUCCACAUAAUGACUGAGACCUUUUCUGGUAUUUUCUAUUCACAUACUUUUUCAAGCCACACCUUCUUCCCACUACACAAUUGGUUUUAAAUGCUAAAAUAAAAAAAUAAACAUCGGUUGCUAUUUUACAGUUCCACA